CUGAACCGUGCCCAAAGCAAGAAGCCACAGACGAGCCCAAACUCUGGACUCUGGUUCCUUUACCGGGCUGUGCAGGUUGGAUGUGCGCCAGAGGCUGGCAUCUGGACGUGCCGACAAGAAGAUCCAAAUCCAGUGAAGGGGGAACGAGCCAAACAGCCCCAGCUUUCUGCCUGCAGAGGACAGCAACACCUGGACAGGAAAUGGAGAGAGAACAACACCAAACUGGCACAAGAUGGACAAAAAGGCAAGAGAAGAACAGACAUGCGGCGAGGAAAAGCCGACAAAAACAAACAGAGAGGGCUGAUGAACUUCAUGAGGAGCUUCAAAGUCUAGAGCAAGCAAAUUCUGCUUUUCAAAAGGAGAUCACUGGCUUGAAAAAGCAGCUUCUGCUCUAUGAGAGGGCUCUGGAGCGUCAUAAACCCUACUGCUGCCUCAAACCCUCUGCUGCAGCCAUAUCUCCCACCGGCCUCUCGAUGUCCUCCUCAGGCCGCUGUAAAAGCGGCUCCAGCCCUCCCCGAGCCCCCAGCUGCCC